CCUAAACCCCCGCUCACAGUUGAAGGCACGUUAGAUCGGUGGAGUCGCGAGGGUUUUGACUAAAAGUUUUGUUCGCUAUGAAGUUUAAGAUGAUACUGCUGUUGUUCCUCUUGGCCUUGGUUGUAUCAACUGUUAAUGCAGAAGGUCAGCAAACAUGCGCGGCCAAUCUUGAGGCUAAGUGUGAUGGUGGUUCUUCCGAUGGUUGGAAAGGGGAGUUCUUCCCAGGCAUAUCAAAAAUCAAAUAUGAAGGCCCGACAAGCAAAAAUCCACUUUCUUAUAAGUGGUAUAAUGCUGAGGAAGAGAUACUUGGAAAGAAAAUGAAGGAUUGGUUUCGAUUUAGUGUUGCCUUUUGGCACACCUUUCGUGGGACUGGUGCUGAUCCUUUUGGUGCGCCAACAAAAUCAUGGCCAUGGGAGGAUGGUACAAAUUCAUUGGCUAUGGCCAAAAGAAGAAUGAGAGCACACUUUGAGUUCAUGGACAAGCUUGGAGUUGAAAGAUGGUGCUUUCAUGACAGAGAUAUAGCCCCAGAUGGUAAAACACUCAUGGAGACAAAUGCAAACUUGGAUGAAGUUGUAGCUCUUGCAAAGGAACUUCAGGAGGGAAAUAAAAUCAAACUAUUGUGGGGUACAGCUCAGCUUUUCUUUCAUCCACGCUACAUGCAUGGAGCUGCUACUAGCUCAGAGGUUGGAGUUUAUGCUUAUGCAGCUGCUCAAGUCAAGAAGGCCUUGGAGGUGACACAUUAUCUAGGCGGAGAGAACUAUGUUUUUUGGGGUGGGCGUGAAGGGUAUCAAUCUCUUCUAAACACUGAUAUGCAAAGAGAGCUUGAUCACUUGGCAAGAUUUCUUAAAGCUGCUGCUGAUUAUAAAAAGAAGAUUGGGUUCAAUGGAACUCUUCUAAUAGAACCUAAACCGCAAGAACCGACAAAACACCAAUAUGACUGGGAUGCUGCAACUGCCUAUGCUUUUCUUCAAAAGUAUGGCCUUUUAGGAGAGUUCAAGUUGAAUAUUGAAUGUAACCAUGCUACUUUAUCUGGUCAUAGCUGUCAUCAUGAGCUUGAAACUGCACGGAUAAAUGGUUUGCUUGGAAAUAUUGAUGCGAAUACUGGUGAUCCCCAGAUUGGUUGGGACACAGAUCAGUUCCUUACAGAUAUUGGAGAAGCAACCCUAGUUAUGUUAAGUGUUGUCAGAAAUGGAGGAAUUGCACCUGGUGGAUUCAACUUUGAUGCAAAGCUGCGGAGAGAGAGCACCGAUGUUGAGGACCUGUUCAUUGCUCAUAUUUCUGGAAUGGACACAUUAGCCCGUGGACUGCGAAAUGUUGCGAAACUAACCGAGGAUGGUUCCCUGGCUGAGCUUGUUCGGAAACGCUACCAAAGCUUUGACACAGAGAUUGGUGCUCUAAUUGAGGCUGGGAAAGCAGAUUUCGAGACACUUGAGAAGAAGGUCAUGGAAUGGGGUGAGCCUUCUGUUCCAUCUGGGAAACAGGAACUCGCCGAGAUGAUAUUUCAAUCUGCAUUAUAGAUUCGGCUAAAAUAAGUGUAGGAACAAUAUCUUGCAGUCAGAUGCAAGAUUCUGUAAUGACUUCUAAAUUUUGCGCAGCUUAGUAAUAAUAAAAGUUGCAACAUCUCAUAACCCAACUUAUUCCAUAUCAGUGUUGCCUCAGUGUCCUCUGGAGUAGCCUAAUGUUCUUAGGAGCUUGCACUUACUGAUAUAAACAAUAUCUUUGAGUUGUCUAUACAUUUGGAGGUUUGAGGCAUUCUGCCCCAACUUUU